GGUGAGAGCGAGCGCGAGAGCGAGGCAGGUGUGCAUUGUGGCUGGAAUAUUGCCAACUGCAUUACAAUAGACAGAGAGAUCGAUGCCGGCACUGGCAGCCCAACCCCGCUUGUGACCUAGAAACUAGUUGAGCUAUGAUCGGCGCUGCAUCCCCUGGCAGCAGAGCCCGAGUCAUUGGAGAGCAAAUGAUUGAACUACCUGGGCACAUGGGUAACUGCGAUUUGGCAUAGGCUGAGCGACAGAGCGUCGCUGCGUCGCUCGGAGUUUGUAGAUAGUCUCGUUGUCAGUAUAUAGUUGUUAUUGUUUUUAUUUGUGAUAUUUGUGAAUGCUCGAGGCAGCCGCUGCAUAUCGCUCUUAGUCGCGUUCUGGCGCAGAUCACGAACGGUUCGUUUCGCGCGCUUUAACUUUGAUAAACCCAAGCGGAAAAUCUAUAUACAUAUAGGAACUUUCAGUUUUUGCCAGACUUGAGGCGUAUGCAUUUUAUUGCCCAAUAACGCGCAACUUUAUCGGCAACACGCGGCGUAUACGAAACGUCUAAACGAGUGCCGCGCCAGCCAUUGAACCUCGCGCUCGAAGCUCUGCAAAUCGUACGACUGUGACAAGUACUGUGAUUGCCAAUAGCGCCAUAUAUUACAUAUACAGCACAUAUAUCAGCUUAUACUGUCUACUAUCGGGCCAUGGGCUAUGACGACGUUAUCACCCACCUUGGAGAGUUUGGGCGGUAUCAGAAACGCAUCUAUUUGCUGCUCUGCCUGCCGGCCAUAGUCUGCGCCUUCCACAAGCUAGCUGGCGUCUUUCUGCUCGCCCGGCCCGAGUUCCGCUGCCUGUUGCCGCACGAGGAUGCGGCCACGGCGCGCUUCGAGUCGUUGCCCCGCUGGCAAUGGCCGCGUGCCUACCCCAAUGACAGCGUCAUUGGCAAGCCCAACACCUGUGUCUACUACGAUCUCGAGUACAGCCAGGAGUACUUGCAGGGCAAUGGGACGGCGGCCAGUAAUGCUACGCUGGAGUGCAGCAGCUAUGUCUACGAUCAGUCCAAGUAUCUCAACAGCGCCGUCACCGAAUGGAAUAUGGUUUGUAGUCGCAGCUUGCUGAGCGCCACCAGCGACUCGCUGUUCAUGGUGGGCGUGCUGCUGGGGAGCUUCUUCUUUGGCCAGCUUAGCGAUAAGCUGGGCCGCAAGCCCACCUUCUUUGCCGCCUUGGUCACGCAGCUGAUCUUUGGCGUCGUUGCGGGUGUCGCACCGGAAUACUUCAGCUAUACGAUUUCCCGGCUAAUUGUGGGCGCCACCACAUCAGGCGUCUUUCUGGUUGCUUACGUCAUAGCCAUGGAAAUGGUGGGUUCCACAUAUCGUCUCUUUGCUGGCGUCGCUGUGCAGAUGUUCUUCUCGGUGGGCUUCAUGCUGACCGCCGGCUUCGCCUACUUCAUACACGACUGGCGCUGGCUGCAGAUCGCAAUCACGCUGCCUGGACUUCUGUUCAUGAGCUACUAUUGGAUUGUGCCGGAGUCGGCGCGCUGGCUGCUCUCCAAGGGGCGCAAGGACGAGGCCUUCGUGAUCAUCGAGAAGGCGGCCAGGGUCAAUCGAGUGAAAAUACCCAGCGAGAUCUAUGCCCAACUGGUCGAUGAGGCCGAAGAGAUUAAGCGUAAGAAUGCCCUAGCCGCCGCCCAGCCGGCAGCUUCUGUGUUCGAUCUGUUGCGCUAUCCGAACUUGCGUCGCAAGACGCUGCUCAUCUUCUUCGAUUGGUUCGUGAACAGCGGCGUCUACUACGGUCUCUCGUGGAACACCAACAACCUGGGCGGCAAUCAGCUGGUGAACUUUGUGAUCUCCGGCGCUGUCGAGAUACCUGGCUACGUCCUGCUGCUCUUUACGCUCAAUCGCUUUGGUCGGCGCACCAUUCUGUGUGGCACCAUGCUGGUGGCUGGGAUCAGCCUGCUGCUGACCAUCAUCGUGCCAAGUGACAUGAACUGGCUGCUGAUUGCCUGCGCCAUGAUCGGCAAGCUGGCCAUCACGUCGUCGUACGGCACCGUCUACAUAUUUACGGCCGAACAGUUUCCCACUGUGGUGCGCAAUGUGGGCCUGGGCGCCUCCUCGAUGGUGGCUCGCGUCGGCGGCAUAUUGGCUCCGUAUUUGAAUCUGCUUGGCGAGAUCUGGCGGCCUCUGCCGCUGGUCAUUUGUGGCGCACUAUCGCUGACUGCGGGGCUGCUGUCGCUGAUGCUUCCGGAGACGCUGAAUAAGCCGAUGCCGGAGACGAUUGCGGAUGGCGAAAACUUCGGCAAGAAGACGGCGGAGACUGUGGCACAUUCCGAGGAGUUGCACAGCAUGCUGAAUGGCAAGCGGGUGAGCCGAGGCUGACGGCGAGCCGCGGUCAGCGCACAUUUAAGCGAAUUGAAGCAAUUUGCAUUUAUUUAUUCGAUGGAAAAGUAUUCCAACUCAUUCAUGUGUUAAACUGUACGCAAAUCGUUAGC